CACUCAAAACAGCAAACUUCAGCAGACCUCCCAAAACACCAAACCUGAGAGAAGAAUUGCCUCUCCAGCUGAAGAAGCAGAAAUAGAAGGUGAUCAUUCAGUAUCCAGGUCACAAGCAGGUGACCCUGAAAAUAUGGGUGCUCCACUAAGAAAUGACCCACAAGGCUUCCUAUUGACCUGCAACACAGCACCAUCCCCUCAUAAAAACCUGGAAGUAGGCAACCCACUUGUAAAAAGAGCCAACACAAAUGAAGAAUUACUAAGAAAAGCUAGCAGUGAAAAUAACAUUCAGCUUGACUCCCAGGAAGCCACUUUCAGAAGGACCAUCCUUCAGGCUUCUAAACCUCAGGUCAAAGAGCCAGAAACAUUUGACUCCUGUGAGGUCACAUAUUUAACCAAAAAGCAAGUGACGGGAACUAUAAAUAUGGAUAUGAAACCUCAGAGUGAUGGCAGCCCAGUUGCACAAACAAUCCACAGUAAAGAGACCACCAAUGAUUCAGCUAGAAUGCAAAAAGAAAGGAAGCCUUUGGUUCAUUUUUUUGCUUUCAAAACUCAAGGCAGAGCUUCCAAGCAGGAACCAGCAAGGACUAAGAAAGCACCUAAGUCUGCCUUAGCCACACUGUUUGGAUCUUCCUUGGACAAAGACAAGAAUCCAAAGGAACAGGCAGGAAAAGCAUUAGCAAAGCCUCCAAUGGAAACAAGCAAUGGAGAAAUAUUGUCGGUUGUGUGCUCCUCAAACUUACCAAAGCUCAGCAACUCCAAGGAAGAGGAAACCGCAGAGGUUUUUAUUCAAAGAAAGAGUUCAGAAGUAGGCAUUCAGGAUUCAGAAGAGAAUUACAGAAGCCACUCAAGAGAUGGACAAAGUUCUCCCUCCUUGGACUGUGCCAAAGCCUUCAGUGCCAAUACACUUCCUAUAGAGGUGGGCACAGAUAUUUCAAGUAACGUUGUAGUGUUAUCUGGAAUGAAGGACCUUGAAGUUCCCAAACAGUCCAACUUGAAAAUAGAAACAGCACUCUGGGACCACAGCAAGUCCUCACCAUUUCCCAACUUUCAGAGUUCUCUAGCAACUGCUACAGAGAACAUGUUGCAAUGCCCUGCAAGCCCUUGGAUGGGAACAAACUCUGAAAUAAAUGUUGCCUCUAGAGGUGAUGUUUGUAAUCAAGAUCUACCAAAGUCCCCUAACCUAGCCAGUUUGGAUGGUCAACAUUUAGAAAUAAAGGCUGAAAAUGUUUCUUUAUUGGGUCCUUCAAGAAAAGAUAAGGCUCAAUUACGACACUGGGACCACCCAGUUCCUGAUAUGCUUCUGUUUUCUUUGGGAGUAGACAGAUCAGCAAGCAUGGGGGGAGGAGACCAGCAGUCUACAGGAAGUAUACAAAAUGAAAAAUGAACCUUGCUCUGGUUUACACUCUUCAGAAAACCUCUUGCACCAGUUUUCAGAAUCUGGGCACCCAAGAAUGAUUGAAGAUGACAGUCUGAGUAACAAACGCCCUGGAGAAACUGGAAAUUCUGAGUUGUUUCAGAACUGUGAUCCUCAGUCCUACCUUCCAUACAGUGCAGAUGAACCCUUUGGACUCUGCCUCCAGGUGGAAAAACCCACUACUGAUACGUACCCCACUGGAAGAGAUGACAUCCCCUCAUUGCUUGGAUCUCUUCAUCAUAUUCCAGAGCUCCUUAGAAAUACCAUCCAGGGCAAUGCUGAAGAAAGUGCAGCUACAACAGAGCAAUCCCGCUAGCAGAGGAAAAGAAUGCUUCAUGAAGCUCGGGGGCGGGUGGGGAAAUUCAAUUCAGUUCACAUUCAAAGGUGAGCCUACCAAAUUUGCACUUUCCAGAACAAUACAUGAACCAAAGCACAGCCAUCCUUCACAAUUCGCACUUCUCUGAAUUUUGCAGUGCAGUUCUCCAGCCACGUAAUGUCUACAAAAAUGCACAGACUAGGGCAAAGUGUGCAUAAAAAUUGCUUUGCAUAAAUGUGUAUAUUAGGUAAAAAAAAUCAUACAAAAAUGUGUGUAUCAGGAGAAAUCCACAUUAAAAUGCUGCCGAAUUUAAAAACUGAUGUGGAAAUGUGGAGAACUGAACUUGAGACUGGAAAAAAUGAGAAACCGAAAUUGACAGAUUCGCACAACCCUACGCCAAACUGAUCUCUUUUUGGAUUUUCUCACUAAAGACAUGGAUGUUGAUCUGCAAUAUUUUUGUUUUACCACUACAUGGAGACAUACCGUUAACAUUCCAGAACAGGAGGAGGAUUUUUUUUGUAUUUUUUAUGGUUUUGUCUUAUUGUUGAACAGUAGAGAACAACGGGUGGGACUGUAGCUCAGUGGCAGAGCACCUGCUUAGCAUGCAGAAGGUCCCACUUUCUAUCCCUGGCAUUUGCAAUGAAAAGGAUCAGAUAGUAGGUCAUGGGAAAGGCCUCUGCUAGAGACCCCGGAAAACUGCUGCCAAUCAGAAUAGGCAAGACUGUGCUAGAUGGACAAAUCUAUGAAGACCUGGUCAAAUUCUUAAGUGACUCUCCUCCCUUUUUAGUUGUCUUCCCUUUGAGCUUGGGUCACUUACUUGAAUCAGGUGGAGCUACCUAGUCUGCAGGCACCUUGGUGAUGUCUCCUGGUCGCACAUGUUGCUCACUACGGCCAAGUGUGUGGAAGCCAGUGGAAGGGGUGUAGUUGAGUCAAUGAUCCUAGGGGAUGUAUCCAGCUAAGUUCUACUCAGAGUAGACAUACUGAA